AUGCUCCGAGAUUACAGCGGUCGUAUCGUGCUCUGCAGCGCUACAUUCGUAGUUCCGUCAAGACAGCCUAUUCCUAGUGUCCAUACGCACUACGCCGAAUGGCUCGCAGACCCAUCGAUAUUUAUCGUUCGAUCAAUCUCUUCUGCUCUGUCAGCCGCUCCCCCAACAGUAUCGCGCACUCCCCUUUUCGAUCACCGUCCCGAAGUUAGAUGUCACCGGCCAAAUACCGACGUGCUCUUUGGCAUCGAAUACCUCAACGAUGAAGCGGAAGACUUUCACCAGGAUGAAAGCCAAUACGACCUGGGCAUCUUCGCGGUCCGCCAUGUUGACAAGGAAAUACCGGCUGAUUUCUACUCGAAAACAUUGGAAGAUCCUGAAUUGACAAAGUUAUUGAAGCCGGAAAACUUCGACUGGAGUAGUUAUGACAGCGAUGGGGACGAUGAGUCUCAGUUCACGGACUCGGGCUACUCAUCACGCUGCGAACCUAGUGAUUCCGACGAGCGAGCUCACGAGCCUCCAGAGAUUACACCGCAAGGAGCUGCAAAUACAAAAGAUGACCCUUCGCGGCAGAUGAACUCGAGAAAACCCUCUUCGUCCAUCACAGCGGAUCUCGGCUUGCCAUAUUCCUCACCGACCAAAAUGCUAUCCUGCGUUGAUACCCUUCGACCACAACCGUUUGUCCUCCAAUUUGAUGAAACCCAGACUAUUGGGAAAGAAAACCCUCAACUUACAGUCGGGGGACCUUCCAGAGACCCUAAUGAUAUUGACGUGUCUAAUUCGCAUUGUUUUGUUGAUCAGCAGGAGCCCGGGGUUUGGGAUUUUGCUGCACGAGAAGAAAGAGCACGGCAGGAAUGGUGGAUUGCAAACCAUUCCAAUGUACAUCAUUUCAACUGGCUUGGGAACCCGAUACUCGAGCCCAGUUACACGCCGCCGGAAGUGUCCCUGUUCGUCAUCCUCUCUCCGCCGAAACCGUGGUUACACUCCAUGUCGCGAAUUGGGGUUAUCCUCUGGCAAGCGAUGAAAUUUGUCGACCCGGUCCUGUACGAUGGGAACUGGGGUGAUCUCAGAAGGUAUCGAGGGCUUGCUUUGCUACAGAGUAUUACGGGUCACACUUUUAAAUUCUAUACUAAAGAAGGGGCAUGGGUCUAUGAUGACUAUAGCUGGGACGACAAUGUGCCUUGUUCCGACCCGAUGGAUCUAGACAUUUAUCAGUCCAAACCCUGGCUACCGGUCAACGGCUGGUUAGAGUCUGAAGUGUGCCCAACGAGGCAGGAAUAUAUGCUGCGGGCGAGCAGAUAUAUGGACGGCCAAAUGCGGACGAAGCGAAGACGGCCACGCCCCUAUCAGCAAUCUCCACUACGUAUUUGUGCGUCGAUCAAGGGCUCAUCACUUUUGCGAACCUGCUCCUUAAAGGAGCCUGCUAUCGAAGAUUCGCAGCUGGAGGUUUGGGGCUUCGUCCCAAAUCCUCUCUUUUAUCGCCGGUGGUUGGGACUCGAGAUGGGUUUCUCAAAGAUUUCACGUUACAAGAACCGUGACAACAUCGGAUCAGGAAACACUGUGGAUAACACCUACAACUGGUUCUGA